CUUGACACCGCCGGGAGGAGUACCGGGUCGGGCGGGAAGAAGACGGUUCCGGCGCCGUACCGGAUCUUCAACCUCGGGAACACGUCGCCGGUGACGGUGCCGACGCUGGUGAGCAUACUGGAGAGGCAUCUGAAGGUGAAGGCGAAUAAGAAGGUGGUGGAGAUGCCCGGGAACGGUGACGUGCCGUUCACCCACGCGUACAUCAGCUUGGCCCGGCGAGAGUUCGGGUACCGGCCGACGACGGAUCUGCAUACCGGGUCUGCAUUUUUCCUUCCCUUUGGUCCCCUUCAAUGGCGGAAACUUUUUGCAAGUAGGGAUAAGAGGAACCAGCUUGUGAGUCUGCUUGUUUGGGUUUUUGAGAAUCUGGCCGGCGGAGUGACGCCGACGGGGUGGGAGAAGGGAGAGACGGCGGCUAGGUAG